GAGUACAUUUAUAUAUCUAAACUGAAGCUUGUAUACAUUCUUUGAGCUCCAGAAAUACUAUUGAGGAGAAUAAUAUCAUAGACAGAAUUGUGAAACACAAAAUUUCCAAACAAAAUUGCAGCACAAAUACUACAAUUGAAAAAGAAAAGAGAAGAUGGCUGAGGGAGCGACUCUUGCCUUCGUUUUGGACAAGUUGUACUCCAUAUUCCAAGUAGGCGUGCAUCACUUCAGUGGGGUUCAUGAAGAUGUUAAGUUCAUUAGAAGAAAAUUAGAUGAAAUAUGGGCAUUCCAUAGAGCAGCUGCUACGGGGGAAAGGAUGGAUCCAGAACUUCAAAAGUUUGUUGGGAAAUUGAGAGAUGUUCUUCACUGCACUGAGGAUGUCCUCAACCAGCUUCCAGUUCAUGCUGCCAACAACAAUGGGUGUGGAUUCCACAGCUUUCUCCUCAAGAUUUAUACUUCCUUCAAGAAACAGAAUGUUUACCACCAAAAUGCUGCUAAUAUACAUAGGAUCAAAUUGGAAAUUGAUACAAUUCUUGAUCAACUACCAAAAUAUGAUAUUAGCAAGAAGGGCAAAGGUUCAAGCUCUACUUCUGCAGCUGAAACAUGGAUUGACCAACGAGAACAAGCCCUUCUACUAGAGGAGCAAGAGUUAGUGGGCAUUGAAAAUCACAGAGAGCAGCUGAUUACUUGGCUGGCAGAUGGUGAUUCUAAACUCAAAAUUAUUGCAAUAUGUGGAAUGGGAGGAUUGGGAAAGACCACCCUAGCAAAGAAAGUUUAUGAUGACUCCAGAGUGAAGAAACAUUUUCACUUCCAUGUUUGGAUCACUGUCUCAGAAUCAUUCAAGAUCACUGACCUACUAAAAGACAUGAUGCAGCAGCUCUAUGCCGAAUUCAAGCAGCCAGUCCCUCAGGAAGUGGAAACCAUGAAGUCAACCAAGCUGAAAGAAGUAGUAAAAAAUUUCCUCCGGCAAGGGUCCUACAUACUUGUGCUAGAUGAUGUGUGGAGUUUAGGAGCAUGGAAUUCUAUCAAAUCUGUAUUGCCUAGAGGAAAUGGUGGCCGAGUGAUGCUCACAACUCGCGAUGCCGCUGUAUCUUCUACCUCUUCUAAGGAAUUCAAUGGCCACAACUUUGAGUUGAAACCACUAUCUGCGAAAGAGUCUGAAGAACUGUUCAACAAGAGGACGUUUAAGAAGGAAAUCUGUCCUCCUUAUUUGCAGAAAGUUUCCCAAAGUAUUUUAGAAAAAUGUGAGGGGCUGCCACUGGCAAUCAUUGCAAUCAGCGGUCUUUUGUUUACUAAGAACAAAAGCCUACCAGAUGAGUGGGAAAUGGUUGAUAGGAGCCUUGGUGCAGAACUGAGAGAUAAUAAUGAAAUCGAGUUCAUGAAAGAAAUUUUGUUUCUCAGUUAUGAAAAAUUGCCUUACAUUGUAAAAUCUUGCUUCUUGUACUUUAGCAUCUUUCCAGAGGGCCAUCCUAUAGAGUGCAUGAGACUGAUUCGCUUGUGGGUAGCAGAAAGAUUUGCAGAAGUAAUGGAAGAAAGAACAGCAGAAGAAGUUGCUCAGGGAUACCUCAAGAUGCUUUUGGACAGAAACUUGAUCCAGGUGGCAAAGAGAACAAGUGAUGGAAGGGUCAAAACAUGUCGUGUCCAUGAUAUCCUGCAUAAGAUUUCCAUUUUGAAGUCAAAAGAUCAAAAUUUUUCUGCAGUAGCGAAACAACAAGAUGAAGUAUGGCCUGAAACAGUUCGAAGGCUAUCCAUACAUAAUACAAUGCAGAAUAUAAAGCAGAUCAAGACAUUUUCACAACUCCGUUCCUUAUUCAUGUUUGGAUUGACAGAUUCCCUAUCAUCCAUGCACACAUCGUUCCCUGAAAGUUUUGGUAUGCUUAAUGUACUGGAUUUGCAAGGUGCACCUUUAGAGAUAUUUCCAGCUGAAAUUGUGAAGCUGUCCCUCCUAAGGUACUUGAGUUUGAAAAAUACCAUGGUGGGAAUAAUUCCACCAUCCAUUGGAAAGCUUAGAAACCUACAAACUUUGGAUCUCAAACAUUCCUAUGUCAGUAAAUUGCCUAUAACAAUCCUGAAGCUCAAAAAACUCCACCAUCUCCUGGUGUAUCGGUAUGAGUUCGAACCUUAUGCUCACUUCAACUAUAAAUAUGGUUUUGAAGCACCUGCAAAAAUAGGAGAGUUGAAAAACCUGCAGAAGCUCUGCUUUAUAGAGGCAAAUAAAGAAAGCCAUAUUAUAAUGACAGAGUUGGGGAAGCUAAAGGAACUACGAAGGUUAGGCAUCACUAAGUUGAGAAGAGAAGAUGGGAAGGUUCUGUGCUCUUCCAUUCAAAAGCUAAGUAAGCUUCGAGCACUGUCUAUAACUGCAGUUAAAGAGGAGGAAAUCAUUGACCUUCAAUGCCAAUUUUCACCUCCUCAGCAUCUUCAGAGAUUGUACUUGACAGGGCGUCUAGAAAAGCUACCAGAAUGGAUAACCAUGGUCAACAGACUGGUGAAAUUGUUUCUUAAAGGGAGUCGACUUAAACAAGAUCCAUUUACAGAUCUUCAACAUUUGCCGAAUCUAAUUCAUCUUGAAUUACUUCAGGCUUUUGAUGGAGAGAUUGUGUCAUUUGCUACUGGAGGGUUUCAGAAGCUCAAAAUAUUAGGUCUUGAUAAAUUCAAUGAUCUGAAAAGCAUACAUGUGGAGAAAGGGGCAAUGCCUCGCCUUGAAAAACUCAUCAUCCAGCGCUGCAACUCCUUAAGAAAAGUUCCCUCAGGAAUUGAGCAUCUGACUAAAUUAAAAGUGCUAGAGUUUUUUGAAAUGCCUGAUGAAUUGAUUAGGACAUUGAGUCCAAAUGAACAAGGUGAAGAUUUUAGCAGAGUUGCACACAUCCCACAAGUUAACUCUUCCUACUGGAGAGGUGGAGGGGUCUGGGAUAUCCGUCCUUUACAAAUGUAUUCUGAAGGAGAGAGCUCUUCUAGCCAUGAAAUCGCCAAAAACAGCCAUGAACCUCUGAAUUGUUGGAAAUAGUGGAAAGAAGGGAAUCGCAGAUUGCAUCAAGGAAAAUGCGCCUAAUCAUUCAAAGUACAGCUAACUUGAUUGCUGCAGAUCAGUAUCAGAUAUAUGGCAGGAAAGACUUUAAGGGAACGAGAAAAACAUGAAUUUGUGGGAUAUUCAAUUCAGCUACUGAGCUACAGAGUUGCAGCCGUAAAGUCAAAGGUAGUUUCAGCAAAGAAUUUGAUUGCUUAGCUUCAGUUUCAUGUAAUCUUAAAAGGUAAAUACAUAUGUCUAUAAUCUAUUGUUUGCAAUGCUUCAUAUUUCGCCAUCUUGCUAUGCAGUUUAGGAUAAGACUCACUGCUGUGUACUUGUAAUGAGGCUUUAUUGUCUGCAUAUAGCCUUGUAGCCAGUAGCAACACUCUCCAGUCUCCACCUACUUUAUUUUGUUAUCAGGAAUUUUAUCAGUUAUCGAAAGAAAAGUUAUUAGACUUAGUUUAUGCUAUGUUUGUCUUGUUUUUUAAUAUGUACAAAAAAAAAAGUAUAGUUCAGUGUCAAUGCAUUGCAGAUUUUCAAAAUAAAUAUAUGGCAAGAAGAAUAUAUUAUAAUUGUUAGCAAGGUUGUGACCAGUGGUCAAUUCUAUUGAGAAUGGUUAUAAUAUUUGACAGUUGUGUUGAUGUCCAGUAAAAAAUUUCUCUUAAAAUGAUGAAACGUAAAUAUUUAUAGAGAGGUUUGAUAUAUGGCAGGGCAUAACUCAUAAAAUAACAUAAUAUGGGAGAUCUCGGAUACAUGAAACC